ACAUUCUGGUAUGAUUUUAUUUGAACUAUUGACAUAUCAUCGGCAUGUAUGAGCUGAAUGAUCUAUAAGAGCUCACUGUAUUUUAAUGCAAUUUGGUUAUUGAAUUGUAUUUUGGGAACAGCUUUUUUUGUUAUUGAAUUUUAGUGCAGUAAAAUUCAACAUAGCUUUCGAUUCAAAUGUGUACAUUAGGAUAAGAAACUGACAACCGUGAAAUUCAUGAAACUGGGAUCUCGUCCAGAUACCUUCUACACUGCAGAGGCAGUGAGGCAAGACUUUAACUAUUCAAAUUGAUCCUUUCUUCUUUAGAUGAUAUGCAUCUUGUUCUGGUCAGUAACAGGAGUAUCUUUUCUUUGUAUGCUGGUCAGUCUCUUCUGAAGUUUAAGUGACCUCAUAAUUCAAGGACCAUAAAAUGACUUUAAUUGGAGACAUAGAUCCAGUUCUUGUGGUGGGAAAGUUGAGGAAAUUGUGUCAUUCUGAAAUACUUUCAGUUGGGAACCACUGAAUCCCAUGAGCUGACAAUGGUGAGAGGAACUCCUUCGUAUGCUUUCGUAACCUUCCUCCUCCGAAGUCGUGCUUUCUCUAGCCAAAACCGUAGGGGCAGUACCCAAUUUCGAAACCUCAUUGCAGAAAGCGAACAAGGGUGUUGUCACACCAAAGACCCAGAUGCUAAAGAUCGCAACUUUACGCGUAUUGCUAAAGAAAUUUGCGGAAUUACUCGAACAAAGCCUCGUUGGGAGAACACCCUUCUUUCCCAAUACCCAUCUUUCAAUUUUGCUGACCCUUCUUUCUUCCUCCUUUAUCUGAACCACCAGAACAAUGCCUUCCUCUCCCUUCGUUUCUUUCACUGGCUGUGCUCUCAUUGUGAUUUCUUGCCUGAUCAAUCUUCCUGCACUGCACUCUUCGAUUUGCUUGUGGAUGCUGGGGCAUGCAAAGCAGCAAAAUCCUUGCUUGAUUGCUCAGGUUUUACUCCCGAGCCUGCCUCUUUGGAGUGUUACAUUCAGCAUCUCUGCAGUGAUGGAAUGGUUGAGGAUGCACUUGAUGUGUUUGUUAUGUUGAGAAAGGUUGGGUUUUCUCCAUCAGUGACAACUUGGAAAGCAUCUUUGUUGGGUUGUUUGAAGGUUGGUAGGACUGAUCUGGUUUGGACAUUGUAUGAGCAGAUGACGGAAUCUGGUGUUGUAGCUAGCAUUGAUGUUGAAACUGUUGGAUAUCUGAUAAAGGCAUUCUGUGCAGAAAAUAACUUUGUCAAAGGGUAUGAACUUCUUGGACAGGUUCUGGAAAAUGGUUUGUGUCCUGAUAAAACUGUUUUCAACGUGCUUAUAACUGGGUUCUGUAAGGAGGGACAAUAUGCUAGAGUAUCUGAGAUCCUUCAUAUUAUGAUUGCAAAAAAAUGUAAUCCUGAUAUCUUUACUUAUCAGGAAAUCAUAAAUAGACUUUUGAAGAAGAAGAAUUCUGAGGGUUUCCGGGUUUUUAAUGAUCUCAAGGAUAGAGGGUAUUUCCCAGACAGGGUCAUGUACACAACAGUAAUCAAAGGUAAUUGUGAGAUGGGACGGCUUGGUGAGGCCAGGAAGCUAUGGUUUGAGAUGAUUCAAAAAGGAUUUCUGCCCAAUGAUUACACCUAUAAUGCAAUGAUACAUGGGUAUUGUAAGAUGGGUGAUUUUGUUAAGGCAUGGAAGCUCUAUAAGGAUAUGUGUGGUAGAGGUUAUAUUGAACCCACAGUUAGCUACUGCACAAUGAUUUCAGGUUUGUGUUUGCAUGGAAAGACAGUUGAAGCUAUGAGCUUGUUUAAAGAAAUGUCUCAUAAGGGUGUUGUCCCUGAUUUGGUCACAUACAACUCUCUAAUUAAAGGCCUGUGCAAGGAAUGGAAUCUAGUUAAGGCUACGAAACUCUUUAAUAAACUUCUGGCACAGGGUUUAGAGCCAUCAGCUUUCUCUUUUACUCCUCUUAUAAAAGGACUUUGUAAAGUCGGAGACACCCAGGGUGCAAUAAGGUUGUGGAAAGAUAUGCAUGAUAGGCAUUUGGAACCAAUGGCCAUUACACAUGAUCAUAUAAUAGUUGGAUUAUGUAAAGAAGGAAAUUCUGCUCAAGGAAUGGAAUGGUUGCUAAACAUGCUGAGUUUGAAGCUGAAACCCCAGAGGCAGACUUUUGAGUACCUGAUUAACAGUUUGUCGCAAGAAGAUAAGUUAGAUGAUAUUAUGGUUGUUUUAGAUUUAAUGUUUAGACUAGGAUAUACACUCGAAGAAAGCAUAAUCCAUUCUUUGGUGAGUAAAUUUAGCAAGGAGAAUUUCCAUCUUCCUAACUUAUGUUUGGUGAAGAUCUUAGAAAGAAAUUGAUAUAACUGAUUGUGUUGUUUGUAUCUUCCACAUAAUAAUAUCUGUGACCAAUAAAAUGAAGAAGAAUUUUUUGAGUUUCUUAUGUAAUCGUGAGACUAUAAUCAUCUUGAAGCUCCCCAUUGUACAUCUUGAAG